AUGCCACAGCCGAUUCUCAAGCGUGGUCAAACCACACGGGCUCCUCCAGCCCACCCUCCUCUUCUCCCUCACAACGUCCACUUCCCGUCGUCGCCAUCGUUGGCCAGAACUUUCGCCACUCACAGCUCCACACAAUAUGACCGUUCCCCGAUAGAGGUCUCACCUAAUGCAUGUGAACUACCAGCUCGUGGUUGUCCUGGUCGCACCUACUACGACGGGUCGAAGCCCAAGUCGGGUAACAGCCACAACCCACUCAUCACCGGCAAAGCUCUACAUCCAAGGGCCAUCGCUGCCUAUGAUGCUCAAUGGACGCACGAAGAUGGGGAAGAUGAUAACGACGAGACAGAACUAGAGCGAACACCUACUCGCACAAGUCCUUACAUUCCCCUUCCAGUCCAGCCGCCAAUACCUUCGCCUUACUAUUCGAUGUCCCCCGCCACCACACCUAACUUCCAUUCACAUCUUCCUCCACCCCUCAUUCCCGAUCUCAGUUCUUCGAGUGACGAGAGUGAUGGGUUCGCAAGUCCUCCUCCUGAGCCGGCGAUAGGUUACUAUGGUUCCAAGUACUCCUACUUUGGAUACCCUAAUGCACCACCGCCAUCGCAAUUCUACCCUCCACCAAUAUCGCCGCCGCCCUCAUCUAGUCCACCAUCAUCGGACCGAAAACGCCGCUCUCGCAGAUCCUCUCCUCGCCGUCAAGUAAUCGAGGAUGGGUACGAAGAAGAAGACCUUCCAGGCUCUUAUUCUCAUGCUGGAGCCUUCUCUGCUCGCAUGCCAUCGAUCUCACCCCCUCGUGACCGGUCGAUGAGGAAGUCAAAGGACAAAGAGGCACGUUCUAAGAAGGAAAAAUGCACUGUCUCCUCGUUGUGUCGUUCCUUGGCGGGUACCAGCUUUCGAGACGGAGAGAGUGAGGGGUGUCUGGGUGGUUUUUAA